AUGCCGGUAACCUCAGAGCUGACAGCGGCACCGACCUUCUGUUCUUCUACUACGACACAGGCCGGUCCCGGCCGCCCCGCUCCCUUCCCAAGCAGCCGGCACAGGGCGAGCAGCCCCCGCCCCUCCACCUGCCCGGCGCCCGCGGCGCUAACAGAGCCUCCAUCUUGUCUGGCGCCCGCGGCGCCUCCGCAGCUCGACACCCGCGACAGCGACAGCCGAGCAGACUCCUCCGCAUACCGACAACCGCCCUCGGUGCCGCCGACCCGCCCCGCCGCCGACCCCGCGCCUCCUCACCGGCCGCGCCAGCUGCCGCCCGCUCCGCUCCCUGCCGCGGGAGCCGGCGGCAACCUCACUUCCGCUCCGGCCCCGCCGUCCCUUCCGCAUUGCGCCUCCCGCCACCGGAAGUCGGGGAAAGGCGUGAGGCGGGGGCGCGGAGGCGACAGUUACGAUCCCGCUGCCCUGGGGGCGGUGAGGGGGAGGGGGGUUCAUGUCAGGGCGCGUACGGGGCCGUCGAGCGGGACCCGAGCCCUAAUGGAUAAAUAA